AUGAUUUCUAAGCUGCUUCCACUGCCUAGCAACCCCAUCAUUGCAGCUAUCCAAAGAGAUAGGUAUUAUUGCCUUCUGGUUCCGUUGUUACCUCCUAUCCUUCUUGUUGCGGUAUACUUCCAUUGGCUCACCAUGAAGCUUUAUAAGCAUGCUUAGGUCUUUGAAGCUGUAGCAAAGGUCAUUGUUCUUGUAAAUAUAGGAGACUUUGUUGAUCUGUAAUUUUUUUGCAAAAGAAAUCAAGCAGAAAGCAUUACUAUUAACACUAAAGUUUCUACAGUAACCUAGACCGACUCUUUGGAUGCUUUUGUGAUAUUAUUCUUCUAAAACUCUAUCCUAUGCCAGUUGUGUCUCCAGAGUUGCUUCUUUUGCUGAACCUGAAAUUGAGUUUCCUCCAAAACCGUUGAUUAAUAAACACGUAAAUAAAAUAAAAGCACAUUUGUGAUCUGCAUAACAUUUUCACAAAGGGAGGAAUUACUGGUGGUUCUGCUCUUCUGUUCAUGUACUCUAGUUCUUUGCCUAAGACCUGUUAUGGACUGUUGUGAUCGUUUAGCGACUUUUUUAUAUCUCUUUUUCCAAAAAAACUAGCUUGUUUGCCUUGUCACCACCACAGAUGAGGUGAUACGCAACUUCAUAUUUUUGUCCACCAUCAGUAAAUGAAUCCAUAGAAGGAGAAAAUGUCAUUCAGGGAAUUCUAACCCUAAGCCCUUCGAUGUGGACUAUUUAGUACUUUUUGUCGUUUCUAAGUAAGAGUCAUGUUUGUAGUGUUAGGGAGUAAAUUGUAUUAGUAUUUUUCUCCUUUCAUAUUUUGAAGCUCUUGCUGUUGAUUUUCUUACCGGUAUAAAGUCUCUGUUUGGACUAUCUUCUCUAUUUUUGCCCCUACUAAACAAGAAUAACUUCUUUUGUAUUGGCCUUUAAACAACUUGGUAGAAACUCUUCUCUACUUUGCUGAGAUAUGUGGCCUUGCUAACUCCAAGAGGGCCUUUUUUGUGGUUUAUCUGUUUAUUGCUACCGUGUUUCUGGUAGCUCAUUCAUUGUGCUAAUUAUGAAAAGCGAUUGCAAAUUGCAGGUAAAAUAGACAAGAUCCUGAGAGAUUGCCCUCUCAUUAAGCAGA